UUCGCAAAUCGAUUGCGCCCUUUUUUGCCAAUACGUUGCCUUUUUCGCGAUAGAAGAACUAUACACGAAUCGGGUGCAAAAUGGCGGCUCAAAUUAGACAAUCUCUUGCUGGUUUACUAAAUAGCGGACUCCCUCCGAAAGAUCUGACCGAGAAAUAUAGAGCAAUUUUUGGCCAUAUUGUUGCCUUAAAAGAUGGAGAACUUGUGGAGGGACUUAAGUCAUUUAUUGAUGCAGUUGGUAGUGAAAGUGUGAGCUCAGUGGUGUCACGACAAUUAUUGACAGAUCUUUGUAAUCAUAUUUUAUCACUGGAUACUUCUGUUACCAAAGACGUUUCACUUUAUGCUUUGGUCAAACUUCAACCACGAGCCAUCUCGUUUGAAGAGCAGGUUGCAACAAUCCGACAGCAUUUAGCAACAAUAUAUGAGAAUGAACAGUGUUGGAAAGAAGCAGCUGCUGUUCUUGCUGCAAUUCCACUGGAGACUGGACAAAAGCAAUACACAGUUGACUACAAGCUUGAGACAUAUUUAAAGAUUGCUCAACUCUACCUUGAAGAUGAAGAUCCUAUCAAUGCUGAAGCGUAUAUCAAUCGAGCUUCAAUUAUCCAAGCUGAUACGAAAAAUACUGGCCUUCAAAUGCUUUACAAGGUUUGCUAUGCAAGAGUUUUGGAUUAUCGUCGAAAGUUCAUUGAAGCAGCACAAAGAUACUUAGAAAUAUCCUAUCGUGCUGAAGUUGUUGACAGCGAAAGAAUGACCUCGUUAGAGCACGCACUUCACUGCACAAUACUAGCUUCAGCAGGUCAACAAAGAUCAAGAAUGUUAGCGACAUUGUUCAAAGAUGAAAGAUGUCAACAGCUUCCAGCUUGUGGAAUUUUACGCAAAAUGUAUUUAGAUCGAAUUAUCCGUGGUUCUGAACUUCAGGAAUUCGCAACGUUAUUGAAAGAACACCAAAAAGCCACAAUGGCAGAUGGGUCGAGUAUUCUUGACCGUGCUGUUAUUGAACAUAAUCUUUUAUCAGCCAGUAAACUGUAUAACAACAUAACGUUUCAAGAACUGGGCGCCUUACUCGAAAUAUCGGCAGCAAAGGCUGAACGAAUAGCUUCUCAAAUGAUAUCGGAGGGCCGAAUGACGGGAUCUAUUGAUCAAAUUGACGCUGUUGUCCAUUUUGAAACUCAAAAACCACUUCCAUCAUGGGACAAGCAGAUACAAGGACUGUGUAUUCAGGUCAACGAUAUUAUGGAGAAGAUUUCCCAACAUGAACCAACGUGGUUAAGUCAAACUGUGGAUGCUCAAAUGACUUAAAAUACUCAGUUUUGAGUACGGUGGGGAGAAGGUCGAGUGCAACACCCUUACACUGGCUGCUCUAAACCAUUUAAUGACCGUUUUCCUUUUAGGACUGAUUUAUAUUUAAUAUCAGUCCUUGGGAGAUAGAAUGUGAGGAAAAUAUGAGAAUUAGCGAGUGGUAUAGUAUAAUAUUAAUAGCGACUGUUGAGGGAAUAGUGAGUGAUUGAUAUUUGUGAACAUAUUGUUUCAAAAAUGGGUUUGUAAAAUCUGUAAAGCAGGAGGAUCACUAAAUUCAGAGGUGUCACCCGGUAUGACGAUAUAUUAUAAGUCCGUCGAUUGACACAAGUCAUGGCAGAACAUAGUUUGUCAUGUGAAAAUCGUCUGUUUCCACUUAUGGCUUGCUUUUAUUAUGACGGGAAAAUUUCUGCGGUGAAAAAUCUGUAAUAUUUUGCUUGUUGAACAAACGUUUAAAAUUUUUUUGUGUUCGAAUGUCCACUGCCCUGUUUCAACAACAUUUACCUCCAAUCCUGCCUGGGGCUUUUGUAUUAUUAAUAUAGUUAUUUUUUCUUAAAAUUAAAAAAGCACUUUAAUACUUUCAAGGAUAAAGAUAUAAUUAUAAUAUGCGCGUAAAUUAAUUUAAUUUGUAUCCAUUUCUUCUGAUAAAUUAGUUCAAUUCUUUCACAUCA